AUGUCCGCCGCCGACCAGGUCUUCCAGUGCACCGAGCUGCUCGAACACAUUCUGUCCUUCACCUCCAUCAACACCCUGCUCGUCCUGCAGCGCGUCUGUCGCCGCUGGCGCGACGUCAUCCGCUGCUCCACCAAGCUGCAGCGCGCCCUCUACUUCAAGCCCGACCUGACCGGCGACGUUUACGGCCUCAAUCCGCUUUUGGUGCAGCGUUUCACCUUUGCCCGCACCCCCGACGAGCGCCUCUGGAUCUCCACCAAGGGCAAGGGCUACUGGCGCAACAAGCUGCUGUCGUGCAAAAACGCCUCCUGGCGCGGCAUGCUCUUCACCCAGCCGCCCGAGCCCUUUUCUUUUGUCUCGCAUCGCUUCACCGACGACAGCCUGGUCCACUGCAAUUUUGAAGAGUACACGACUUGCGGCGAGGCCUAUAACGAGGGCACUGGCCAGAUCCCCAGCGUCCUGCCCCGUUAA